AUGCAGCCUCCAGCGGGCAGAAACCUGCCCGUGAAACUUGUGGACCCUGACUUCACAGCAGUCGAGCAGCACCGGAAGAAUGCUAAAAGCUAUACCAGUGGGUGGGCACUGCUGUGUUGUGCCAUGGCCAGCAAGAGGCUCCUCACUCACGUCCUCUCCUUCUCCGUAAGUGCUGCUCUCCCUGCGCUUGAAUUGUCCCUGGCCCUCACCUACACGCACAUCAUGCAGCUCAACACUCUCGACUCGCAGGGCAAGUGGCACUUCUCCUCCCUCACCUCGCUCAGCCUCAAGCUGCGUGGCUCUCUGGACUGCUCCCAGCUGUUUGACGACGUGGAGCAGGACGAUCGGCGCGAGGUGGAGCAGGAGUAUUGGAAUCGCUCCUUCCACUGCCCACGUCUACAGCGGCUGGAGCUGGGCCGGGGCAAGUGGGGUCUCGGGGAUGGCUGGGCAGACGAGUUCACGUCGCUGCGCACUCGCGUCUUGCGUUUCUACUUCGCACAGAGCACCCUCACGCUCUUCCUCACCCUCUCCCCCUCACUCACGACCUUCUGUGCCAUGGCCAAACGGCUUAUCCUCGCCUGCAAGAGCAGCGCUCCUCUCGUUCUCGACCAGCUCUCACUUUAUGGCCAGGAGCGGCUCGUCAUCUCCUCCCUCCGCCUCGCAUCCGCCCGAGUCGCCUACCUCAACGGCCCUCCCAUCGAUUACUACCCUGGCGACGAUGACUUUUACCCUCAUUGGGAAUCCCCUAAACCGCCUCCAGACUGGCAGCGCAUGCACCUCCGCAGGUUGCCCAAGUUCUCCUGGACUGCACGCCUGGCCGCCAUAGCACCCACAGUGGAGGUGCUUAUAGUGAGGCAUGGUGUGCCUAUAGAGAAGGUGGAUGCGGAGUGGAGCUGCCUACGCAGCCUUGGGAUUGUCGUGGAGAGUGAGGAGCGGUUUGAGAUGGAUUUAAAGGUUGAGAAGCGUCGGGACGAUGGCGAGGAGGAGGUUACUGUGGAGAAAUUUCAGGAGCACAGCCAGAGGCUCUUGGAGAAGCAGCGGCGGCGGCAGGAGGAGGAGCGACGGCAGGAAGAGGAAUGGCAGCUGGAAAGGGAGCGGUGGCAGAAACGGGGGCAACCUCGGUGCCAGCAGCAGCAGCAGGAGGGCCAGCAGCAGGAGGAGGAAGGAAGGCAGCAGGAAUAG